AUGCUCUUUCUACUUUUGGCCGUUUCGGCCGUUCUGUCCGCUGAUACUUCGGUUGUAAGUCUUUGGAAUCUUCUUCUCCGACUCUCUAAUUCAGUACGAUCUGACGGCGUGCAGGUACACAGAAUGCCACGGAAUGCUCUCGACGUCUCCGUGCCCUUCCGACUUUUACCUCGUCAAAUGGGACAAGUGUGGCUUUCUGAAAAAGAAGGAGCUGUGCUGCAGACUGUCAAAUAGCACUGUGAGCAAUCUGAAGACCCAUGUUUUUUCUGGAACUUAUCAUUGACUUUCAGACUGCUGACAAAUGUCGCUGGGGACCUUGCCACGUGUCGAUUGAGAGCAACUUCUGCUCGAAAGACGAGUUUGUGAGCGAGGAGAAGAAGUGCUCGUUGCUCAGAAAACAGGAGAAAUGUUGCAAACAAGAGAAGCUAUGA